CACAAGUUCCAACACCAUAUAAUCUAAAUUCUCCGAAGCCCAGAGACAGAUUUGACUCACCUCUCUCUGCCCUUUUGAAACCGAUAGAGCCAGGUGUCUUGUAGAGAUCCAUUCGAAUGGCGUCAAUCACGACCACAAUGGCUGCUGGAUUCAGCUACAGCAAGCUAAGAAUCGAGAGAGGAACCAAUCGAACAACUGGAGCUUCAAUCACUGCUAGGCCUAGACGCGUGGUGCUGGUGAGAGCCGAAGCCCAACCUAUAAAUCCUGAGAUAAGGAAGAAUGAAGAGAAAGUAGUCGACAAUGUUGAUAUCGCUGCGAUAUCGAAGCCCGUCACUGCUUAUUGCAGAUGUUGGAGGUCUGGGACUUUCCCUCUUUGCGAUGGAAGCCACAUGAAGCACAACAAAGCUACUGGGGACAAUGUUGGACCACUGCUCUUGAAGAAGCCAAAGGGCAGCAUUUGACGGGGUUCAUUCACCAUUUAGUCAAGCAAGUCAGCUUGCAAUGUUGUUGCUAUAACAUUCUUGUAGACUACAUGUUUUACUUUGCUCUAGGAGCUAAUUCUGUGAUUAGCUUCGUUUUAAUUGUUGAUUCCCAUUUGAUUUGA